AUGGACUUCAAGUACACGGAGGAGCUGGAUAACAAAACCUUUCGAAUCUUCGAGCUUGUGCCUGGACAGAAGACCGAUGAUCUUCGAGAUUCUUUACAAACACAUUCUCUCAAUUUGCGUCCCCAGUAUGAAGCACUCAGCUAUGUCUGGGGCCCUCAGGAUAGGAAUAAGUCGAUGAAUUGUGACGGCCAGGAGUUCAAAAUCACACACAGUCUCGAUGUCGCUUUACGCCGUCUCAGACUAUUUGACAAGUCCCGUUUUCUCUGGAUUGAUCAAAUUUGCAUCAACCGACGCUCCAACAAAGAACGCUCUACACAAGUCGGCGUCAUGAAAUCAAUUUACUCUCAGGCUUCAUUGGUCAAUGCGUGGCUUGGUCCAGCUGAUCAAGAUGAAGCGAAUUCGGCAAAAGAAAUCAUUACUACCCUUGCCAGAUUGGAAGAAUAUUCUCAUGAUGAGGAACACUUCCCAAAAGACGAAAUGCUGCUGGAGUACAAUCUUCCAGCAAGAUCUUCCCCAGCCUGGAGCAGAUUGAACUCUAUGCUAGGUGCCAACUAUUUCUCCAGAGUCUGGAUCAUCCAAGAGCUUGCAGUUGCAUCAAAAUUCGAGCUUUUAUGGGGAGAUGUAGCUAUAUCUCAAGAUGACCUCAAUGAGUUCACCGACAAAACUGUUCUAUUAGCUAUGGGGACCAAAGACCUCUUUAGUGAAGAUUGCCCCCAAUUACUUUGGAGUCCUGGUGCCAAGUCGUUGCUCGUCUACAAUCGUGACAAGAAACCUGAUCGCUUUCAGCUUGUUUGUCAGGCGGGAUCAUUUCAUGCCACCGACGAACGUGAUAAGAUCUUCGCAUUAAUCGGAAUCGCAGGCAAACAUACUUACCGUAUGUUGCCGGAUUAUGAGAAGCCUGCAGUAAAAAUCUUUGCGGAUUUUGCCAGAACCGUCGUGGCCACAACAGGCCAUCUGGAAAUUUUAGAUUAUUCUGAUGUGAGAGACCCGAACCUCCCAGGUUGCUUGCCUCUUUGGGCUCCGAGAUGGCAUGCUGGUGACGAGUAUCGUGGGUUCGACGGCUACAAGUUUGAAGCCUCGAAAGAUACCAAGGCCUUACCAAGAACCUCGUCAAAUUUCAAGGUCCUUGAAUUGGGAGGCUUGCAAGUUGAUACAACCAAACAUGUGCACCAUCGAGUGAAACUAGCACAUGAAGAUAUAUUGGCUGCUUUUGAGAUGGUAGCGGAUAACAUUGAGAUAUUCCAACAACGAUAUGAGCCCGAUCUCAUCAAGCCCAUUUUAUUGACCUUGAUGGCGGGGCGAGAAGUGACUCCUUUCUUCGGAGUACAUCGUUUUGAACGUCCAAAAGAUGACACUUUCGUCAACAACUUCACAGCACUCACUAUCAAACUCUUUAUAGAAUUUUGCAAAACAACAGACUACAGUGAGCAGUUUCAGAGAGAAGUUGUCGGACUUUUCAGAAAAGCGAUGAAAGCGAGUGCUUCGACCACUAAGGGUGCACCCAUUCUAGAAGGAAUUGACAGUCGCAAAGACCUUUUCAGACAGAGACUCGAAAGUCUCUUUCCAGAAGACCCAGAGACUGUGUCAUCAGACAUGGAAAUGUUAGGGAGAUUAUCGUGUGAUUUACUAAAAGGCUUAGUUAACUUUGUGCUAUCUUGCUCAGUUUCUGUGGACCUCAACUUCUUCGUCACGGACAAAGGUUAUAUGGGCGUUGGUCCCCGUUGUAUGGAGCCAAAAGACAAGGUAUGCAUUCUUUUCGGGGGCUCAACCCCGUACAUUAUUCGGCCGACAUCACAUUCUGAGGACAGCUAUCUGUAUCUGGGGCCUGCCUAUGUACAUGGAAUUAUGGAUGGCGAGGUUAUUGAUGCCUGGGAGGGGCAGGAUCUAGAGAACAAUGAGUUUCAGGAGACAGAAUUUAAGCUCUUGUAA